CUCAUACCGACCCACCACCUUUACAAAUAACCUCCCCGUCCUCAUCGAACCCAUCCAAUGCCAUACAUAUUACACCGCCUCGUCCCACUCGCAAUCGGGCUCCCAAUCCAAAAUAUUUUGGUAGUCCGUUUGUCAACCUCACUACACGUCAUCCCUUACCCAUAAUCCUUGAACCUACGAGUGUGAAGGAGGCCUUACGUGAUCCCCGAUGGCGUACUGCGAUGGAGGAAGAGAUGAAUGCACUCAAAAGAAAUCAAACAUGGACUCUCGUUCCCCGACAAGCUCAACAUCCUAUCACAUGUAAAUGGUUGUUUAGAAUCAAACGACAUGCGGAUGGGAGCAUUGCUCGUUUUAAAGCACGACUGGUGGUCCGUGGUUUUCUACAACAGCCUGGACGUGAUUAUGCUGAAACUUUCAGUCCUGUAACUAAACCAGCCACAAUACGCCUUGUUUUGUCCAUCGCUUUAGCUCGGAAUUGGCCUCUCCGUCAAUUAGAUGUCAACAACGCCUUCCUCCAUGGGUCACUUUCGGAAGAGGUCUACAUGGUCCAACCACCAGGCUUUAUUGAUUCGUCUCAACCCACACACAUAUGCCGCCUAAAUAAAGCACUCUAUGGCCUUAAGCAAGCACCACGAGCAUGGUAUUUGGAGUUGUCACGGUUUCUGCUCUCAACCGGUUUUCGGAAAUCUCGGGCGGAUGCUUCGCUUUUUAUUUAUGCUCACCGUGACAUUCUAAUGUAUUUUCUUGUUUAUGUUGAUGACAUUGUACUUACAGGUAAUAAUCCUUUAGCCCUCCAGCAGUUUGUUACUCAGCUUACUGGCAGAUUUUCUAUCAAGGAUCUUGGGCCCUUGCAUCACUUCCUUGGUGUAGAAACUAUUUCUCUUCCGCAAGGCAUGUUCCUAUCCCAACGACAAUAUAUUGUGCACAUUCUUGAAGAAUGCCGUAUGGAUGGGGCUAAGGAAAAUACCACUCCAAUGAGCUCCAAUUCACCACUUCAUCUCACUGAUGGCACGGCUAUCACAGAUUCCCAUCAAUAUCGGAAAGCUCUUGGCCUACUUCAAUAUUUGGCAUUUACCAGGCCUGACAUAUCUUUUGCCGUUAAUCGUCUCUCUCAAUUCAUGCAUGCACCUACGGAGGCUCAUUGGCAGGGUGUGAAACGUGUUCUUCGCUAUCUCAAGGGGACCUUGAAUUAUGGUUUGUUCCUCAAGCGUGAUUCCCCCCUCACACUCACUGCAUUUUCGGACUCUGACUGGGGUGGUAUUCAUGAUGGGGGGAAGUCCACUACUGCAUAUGUCUUAUAUCUUGGCUCCAAUAUUAUUUCGUGGAAAUCGGCAAAACAGAAGACAGUUGCUCGCUCUUCCACGGAAGCGGAGUAUCGUGCUAUUGCCCAUGCUAGUGCUGAAAUUUUAUGGCUGCGGAAUCUCCUCUCCGAACUCGGUGUUCACCUAUCUACUACACCCACAUUGUUUUGUGAUAAUCAAGGCGCUACGUAUGUCUGUGUUAAUCCUGUGUUUCACUCUCGUAUGAAACAUGUUGCCCUUGAUUUCUUCUUUGUCCGUGAUCUAGUGGAAAGUGGUCAACUCAAGGUUCAUCAUAUUUCAAAUAAACUUCAAAUUGCGGAUAUCUUGACUAAACCUCUUGGCAAAUCUCUCUUUGAGCGGUUCCGGUCCAAGCUGGGAGUUUCCGAUGGAACCUCCAUCUUGCGGGGGCGUAAUAACACAUAAUUAUAUUAUCUUAAUUAUUGUUGAUAUUAUCAUGUAUUCGGUUAGACUAGUCAAUGUAUAUCUUUGUAUUAGUUACGUAGCUUCACCCACACACUUAGAUAGUUGGUUAUACGAUCUUAUCACAUACAUAGCUCCCAUCUCAUACGUAGCUACUGUAUAUAAAUACUCCCAUGUAUCAUUGUUUAAUACGCAAUACAUUAAACCCUUUUACAUUGUACUAGCUAUCGUGUUUGACUUGUUUUAAUAUCAAUGAAUUCACCGAAUACGCCA